AGACUUUAGUGGGGCCACAUUUGAUGACGACACUUGCCGAACAUGAGAAUUGCGGGACCAAUAAAGCUUGGAUUAUAUCAAAUUACAAGUAAAGUAUCCAAUCUCCAACGUCAUCUUGAAACAAACUUACGUGAUGCCUAAAAUUAACAUAAAAGCAAAUAUAUAGUUGUCUGAUAUGAGGGUUUUUAUUCCUUAAUUUUUUUUUUUUUAUUUCAAGAAAUCAAUAAAGUGGCAAAGUAAUAUUCCUAUACAGCGUCUAGCUCCGGCUCGCCUGUUUCUUCCAUCCCUAGCUUGCUAGUUCUAUACUGCUUGGAAUGAAGUGGUGAAUUUAUGUAUAUUAUUUAUCGCAAAACAAUUUAUUUACCGGGAAAAAAAAUUAUAUAUAUUGCUUUAUUGCUGCGUGUCUCACUUCCAGUGUGGUUGAUCAUCCUCUCGGACCAGCUACUGAUCAUCGCCUUGGUAAGCUAUUGUCUCACCGACUAUAUAAAUGCAACAGUACGCAAACGACGUGAUGGAGGUGCCAAUACACGGACCGGCAUCUAAGGAAAGCUACCUGUUCACAAAUGCCAAGAAAGGUGCUUGGAAUGAAGUGGUGAAGUUGUACAAGGAUCACCCAGAGGUUCACAAGCUCAAGGUCAACACAGCAGGGGACACCUUGUUGCACAUUGUUGUCUCGGAAGGGAAACAAGAUGUUGUUGUAGGGCUAGUGUGGGCACUGAGUACGAAUGUGGAGGCUCUGAGAGUGAAAAACGAGAGAGGGAAUACCCCUCUCCAUGUUGCAGCAUCACUGGGACUCGACAGGAUGUGCGAUUGCAUUGCGAGUAAAGACUCUGAGCUAAUCGGUGUUCGGAACAAUAAGGGAGAGACUCCUUUCUUCUUGGCCGCUCAGCGCGGUAACAGAGACGCUUUUCUUCGUCUCCAUUCCAUCUGCGGCACCGAGCGAGGCUACGAAUAUUGCAGAGGGAAUGGUGGUGAAACUGUUCUUCACUCCACAGUCCGUGGAGACCAUUUUGAUUUGGCAUUUCAAAUAAUUAUUAGAUACGACAAACUUGUGAACCAUAUCGAUGGACAAGGACUUUUUCCUCUCCAUCUUCUUGCCAACAAUCCUUCGGCCUUCAGGAGUGGGAGUGAUCUUGGAAGGUUCAAACAAUUCAUUUAUGAUCAUUGUAUAUCCGUUGUUGAGCUCAGCAAAGCGGAAACUAGCUAUGACCAACUUAAUGGAUUGGAGAGUGAAGUCGUAAAGGUUAAUCCAAUCAAUACUCAAGGGAACUACCAUACCUGCAUCAACUUCUUUCGACUAUUUGUUACUUUCGGAAAAAAUACUCAAGAGAAUGACGCGGAAGCAUAUGGCAAUGGAUUAGUUAAUCGGAACCAACAAGCUUUUAGAGAUCGCCUAUAUGGCAAGUGCAUCAAGCUAAUAUCAAAGAUGAUGAAAAUAUUUGUCCCUUCUGAGAUACGGAAGAUUAAGAUGGAAAAAGAGAAGCACACAUGGUCCGUCCAGGUUAUGAAAGAACUUCUCAACCGCGACUCUCCAUAUAAUUAUGAUGUCAAACCAAAGCCGCCUUCGUCAACUAGUGAUGGCACAGACACAGUUGUGAAACAGCCCAACAAUGGCAUGGAAAGUAAGGUGUCGCCCUUUUUAGUCGCUGUAAAGCAAGGCAUCAUAGAAGUGGUGCAGGAAAACCUUGAAUGUAAUACGUUGGCCAUUUAUGACACCGAUUCUGAUGGCAAAAACGCGGUGCUCUUGGCAGCAGAAUAUAGGCAACCCCGUAUAUACAACAUGUUGCUCAACCUUAAAGCGAAAAAGAAAGGACUGGACGCUAUAUUUGGUGAAGUGGAUAACAAUGGCAACACUGCAUUGCACCUUGCUGCCAUAAUUAGCCCUUUCCUUACUGCAGCCGCCCCAUUGCAGAUGCAACGUGAAAUCAAUUGGUACCUGUUCGUCAAGAAGUCCGUGCCAUUGCAUUUACAUGAAAACAAAAACAACGCAGGCAAGACAUCAAAGGAAGUGUUCAUCGAACAACACGAGGACCUCUUCGAAGCCGCUGUUGAAUGGUACAAAAGCACCUCCACCGCAUGUCUCGUCGUCGCCACCCUCAUCGCGACAGUGGCCUUCACCACUUCAACUACAGUGCCCGGUGGCGCCAACCAAGACACAGGAUCUCCAGUUUUGGAAAAUCAGCCAGCAUUUCUGUUCUUCGCAAUCUCCUCCUUGUUUGCCCUAUGCUUUUCGGUUAUAUCUAUCAUCCUUUUCGUAUCACUUUCAGCUUUCCCAAGCAAGCAUCGGAGAGAGUUGGGGUCCUUUCCUCACCAUAAGUUUGUGUUGGCUUUGACUUCACUCCUAGCCUCCAUAGUCGCUAUGUUAGGCUCCUUCUGUGCAAGCCAUUUCCUUCUUGUCAAGGAAAAACUCUCCGUGAAGGCGUUUCCACUCUAUGUUUUCACAUGUUUGGUGGUUUAUCUUUUUGUUAUACGUCCCUUAUACGAUGAUUUUAUAAAGCCCAUCCUUGGAAUAAAGUCCAUCCAUCUAAGCACAUCCAUCUAAUUAAGCCCAUCCUAAGUACAACCUUAACGAUAGGCAGUGGUUGGUGUGUCAAACUUAUGUUACGUGUUUGGAAGUUAAUUCAGACUUAUAUUCUAUCUUUGUAGUUUUUGAAAUUCAAAUAAAUUGGCUUGAACUACUCUA